AUGGGCAUACUCCUAUUUAUAAGUAGUAUUAUAACAACAAACAGUACUAAAACUGAUGAAGACGUGUUUGAUGAAGCGAUGAAGAAAAUAGAAGAGCGUAUAAAAACCAUGAAGCAGAAUAGAAGUAUGAUAAAACAAUUAGAAGAGGAUAUAAAAACCAUGAGACAGAAUGGAAGUAUGUUAAAGCCACCACUGUCACCCAAAAAUCCAUUAAGUAAAUUACCAAAUAUACAACAGAGGAUGAGAACAGACAUAUUAGAUAAGCAUAUUAUACUAGACAUGCCAGAUAUGUCAGAUAUGCCACGUACACCAGAUAUGCCAGACAUGCCACGUAUGCCAGAUGAUAUGCUUAUUAUACCUAAUAGUACAAGCAGUACACCAGAUAUAUCUAGUACAAGCAGUGAGUCUAGUACGUCUAGUACACCAGAUAUAUCUAGUACAAGCAGUGAGUCUAGUAUACCCAGUCAGUCUAGUACAUCUGUUACGCCUGGUGCACUUAAUACGCCUGAUACAUCCAGCAUACCCAGUCAGUCUAGUAUACCCAGUACAUCCAGCAUACAGAACCAGUCUAGUACACCUGGUACACCCAGUCAGUCUAAUGCACUUAAUACGCCUAGUAUAUCCAGUCAAUCUGGUACAUCCAGCAUACCCAGUCAGUGUACGCCUGAUAUAUCCAGCAUACAGAACCAGUCUAGUACACCUAGUACACCAGAUAUAUCUAGUACAUCUGGUACACUUAAUAUGCCUAGUAUACCCAAUACGCCUAGUACGCAUAUUACACCCAGUCAGUCUAGUACACAUACGCCUAGUACAUCUGGUAUACCCAGUGUAUCUGGUGUGUCUGAUGGGGUGAGUAAUCCUAAGAUACCUUCUGUGCCUGCACCUGGGCAUAGUAUAAAUAAGCGUGUAAAUCCAUUACUUGACCCUGUGCCAUGCGCUCAGAAUGCGUCAUCAACAAAGAAUAUCGAAUAUUUAUUGGUGGAUACGUGCUUUGAAUAUAUAAAUGUACUGGAGCUAUAUUUACUAUACUUAAACAUACAAGUGAAGGACUUGCCCAGUAUAAGAAAGGAAUUAUUAAGAAUUAUUGAACCACCCGGGGAAUAAUCUGUAUUAUAAUAAAG